AUGCUGCGCGUCGGCUCAUGGUUGUACGGCAAGAAGCCCGCCAAUGCCUCAACCCAGUCGCUGGACUCGUUGACCGAGUUGAAGGAAUUGGAUGAGGCGAUGAAAGCCGCAACCAAUAUCCUCAAUGACGACGUCGACGCCGCUGAGAAGGGCCUCUCCGAAGGCACCUCCACCUUUCAUAAUUUGGGUAAAGGAGUGGUCGCCUUUGUCCGGGCCACCCUGGGCUUUGAGCAGGAGAUUAUGCGACAAGCAUCCGAUCGCCUAUACGAGGCGGAAACAUCAGCCGCCAGUGAACAGCACCGAGCCCAACAUAAUUCCAAUGCUCCGCAUGCGUUUCGUUCGGAGAUCUAUACUCCCGGCACCGAGUAUGCCUUGUGUCAGGCCAUUGCCCAAUUGAUGGGUGCCGUGGUGGGUGUGCUGAACGAAAGUUUGACGGAGAGUAUCAAGGCUUUCUAUCGCCUGCGAAAGGCAUAUAUCGCACUAGACGCCAUUCUGAAAAUGGAAGAAAAAUUUAUGGAACUGAAGGAUCCCGGCCGUGUUCUUCUACCCAGUGCUAGUGAUGUUACCAAGGGAAUUGGCGCAGAUACCAAGGGAUCGAAUAGUUCCGCUUCCUCAAUUAAGGGUGCCUCCGUCAGCGCAAAGGCAACACCCACGGAUGAAAAAGAUUUGUCACAAAAGCUGUCUGGCUUGACCGUCACCCCGGAACCCGCUUCGAAUGGCUCGCCUCGCUCUGCUACCCCGAAUGGCACGAAAAUUAUCAAUCACGACCCGGACUCCGAUAUUUUCCAAAACGAAAUUGAUAUCUUCGUGCACUCCGGUGCCAACUUCUGUUUCGGUAUCCUCCUCUUGCUCAUCUCCAUGGUUCCCCCAGCAUUCAGCAAGCUGCUGUCUAUUAUCGGAUUCCACGGCGACAAGCAGCGCGGCUUGCGCAUGCUUUGGCAGGCGAGUAAGUUCCACAAUUUGAUUGGUGGCAUGGCUGCUCUCGCAUUGCUCGGUUACUAUAAUGGAUUCGUCCGCUACUGCGAUAUCAUGCCCGACCCGACUCCUGGUGAAGAUGACGUGGAGGGAAUUCCCCAAGAGAGACUGACGGCACUGCUCGCUGAGAUGCGCACGCGGUUCCCGAACAGUCAGCUCUGGUUACUGGAAGAGUCCCGAAUGAUGGGCGCCAACAAGGACCUUGAGGGCGCAAUGGAACUGCUGAAUGGGAAGAAUAAGAGUCCCCUCCAGCAGGUCGAAGCUCUGCGGGUCUUUGAGAAGAGUCUGAAUGCCUUAUUCCUUCAUGAAUAUGAGGUGUGCUCCCAGGCAUUCAUCGAGUGUGUUGAUCUCAACUCCUGGUCGAGGUCACUAUAUUACUACAUCGCAGGAUCCUGCCAUGUCGCACUCUACCGCGACAACAUAGAUGACCCAAAGAAGGCAGAGUUUCACGCAAAGCAAGCAACCGAGUAUAUCCGAGCAGCUCCCGCCCACGCAGGGAAAAAGCGCUUCAUGGCCCGCCAGCUUCCGUUCGACGUCUUUGUCACUCGCAAGAUCGCCAAAUGGGAAGCACGAGCCAAGGAGUGGAAUGUACCACUAGUCGACGCGAUCGGUGUGGACCCGAUCGAAGAAAUGAUCUUCUUCUGGAACGGACACAGCCGUAUGACGCGCCUACAACUCGAAGAGUCCCUCGCUCGUCUCGCAUGGUGCGAGAGCGAGGCAAACAAGACAUGGUCGCGCGAGGGAACGGAGGAAAAGGCUAUCCUGGAGUUGCUACGGGCUGCGGUGUUCCGGUCCUUGCGCAAACAUGAGAAGGCAAAACACAUUAUCAAGACCCGUGUGCUGGUCCACGAUAAGUCUCUUUUCAAGGGCCACUUGAAGGACGACUGGGUCCACCCUGUUGCGCACUUUGAGAUGGCGGCCAACCUCUGGAUGGAGCGCCCGACCUACCAAGAGCUGCAUGGAGCAGUAACGAGAGAUGAGGAACUGUCAGAGAAGGACUCAACUGAUGUCGAUGAGUCUAAGAAGCAGCCGGAUGAAAGACAACUGGUCAAGGAGUGUAAGACUUACUUGGAACAUGCGGCCAAAUGGGAGAGCUACGAGCUUGAUGCUCGAAUCGGGCUCAAAGUGACAGCCGCUAUGGAGGCAGUGCAUAAAUGGGAGAAUAUGCACCCAGCCUCGGAGUAG